UCCCUAGUGUUUUUUGGAGAGACUUGACAGUUGACAUAGCCAAAAGGGUGAAUGUCUACACAUUCAGGAGAGACCCCUAAGGUGUAGAGGAGUGACAAUUAUGGGUGGGGUAAAGCCAAGUAUGUAUGGCUUGUUGUUGUUUUUGUGGUCCAGUUUCUACUUGCAGGAAGGUGAGACCUGGGAAAUUUGGCUUAAAUACCCAUAAUCAUUUUUUAAGCAAGAGCAGCAAAUGUCUAGCACUGUGAAAUUACCAUGUUCACUACUUCUUGCAUGAUUCUUCCUUGAUAAGAUAAAUACAGUGCUCCCCUCCACCUAGGGCAAUUUUAUAUUCACUGUAGCAUGACCAAAUCUUAAAGGUGUCUAUGUAUGUAUGUCUAUAUACAUACAUAUGUACACACACCCCCCCCCAUGAGGGAUUUAAGGCCAUUAACAAAAGUGCAAUAAGAUAAAAAUAAACAAGGCAGCCCCAGAAGGCAGCGCUCUGUGGAGUCUGCUGGGAGCUUAUUCUUUUGACUGCUGCUGUGUUCCCCCACCCCCAUUCCCAUCAGUCGCUUUUCCCACAUUUCCACAUUUCUACAUGGCACACGAAGAGCAGCCUUGGCGACCCCUGAAGCUCUUUCUCCCCCUGUCCAAACUAUGCCUGACUCCACCAGAGUAGUGAGAUUGGCUGGGAAAAGGAGAAAGAACCCCUCGAAGUUCAAAGCUACAGACACAGGGGAGGGAUCUGACCGAACUUCCUUCUCUGGGGCGUGGGGAGGCUUGUGCUGCGCAUGCGGAGUGUGACUUCACUCCCGGGUGGCUUCCUAGCUGAACAGCCAAACAUGGAUCCAGCUGACGCUGAAAGUGAGUUACCACACACCGAGAGUUCUGGAUCGUAUGGUGGCCUUGAUGUUGAAUACGAGUUCCUUUAAAGCUCAUUUCCAAGCAGGUGAGCAAAAUCAAAUCUGUGUCUCAAAUUCCAAGGACUAUGAAUGGGAUGCCCACUGGUGAAGAAUUUGAAUGUAAUAGAGGAGAGCAGUAAGGUUGUAAAGGAGGUGAACUCUUGGGAAGAAAGAAAAUUUCCUGAAUGCAUUUGGGAGGACUUUAAGAUAACCAUCAUAGGUGAAAAGGAUGAUUUACUAGUUCAUUUCUGUGACAAAUGUGAUAUGCCUAUUAUGUCUUUUAAAAUCAACGGGCGUAUAAUUCUUUGCAAGCAUGCGUUUUGCUAUGACUGUGCUAGUUUAUACCCCCCAAAAAGAAGAUAAGAUAUGUCCAGGCUGUGGUAUUCCUGUGCUGCAAAUUGAGGAGCACAUGUGAGGUUCUGUCUUCAUGUGUAGCACUGUCCAAAAAUGCAGGAAAACUUACUUGUCUCAAAGAGACUUAAGAGCUCAUAACAACUACCGCCAUAAGAGAGCUAAAAAAAACCCUGUCACCCGUGCUCUGCUUAAAAGAGUUCACCCUUCUAUUGCUUCACCAACAACGGAAAUCCGUGAAAUGCUGCUAGAUAAGGACCACGUGAGCCAUUUUCCAUCAGAGCUGUACACCAUUAUGUCACCACCUCCUGUGCAACGUGUGUCACACAAGCACAGUCAUCAGCCACACGAGGAUCUUCAUGGUCCUCUAGCAAAAUUGUCGCCACCCCCACCUCUUUUGAUACAUCAGGAAACCAUUAGAAUUUCAAGAGGAGAUCACAGCAAUUUAAUAAUCCUCCCUGUUCAGGGUGACUCACAUUCUGGUGUCAAAGAACUAUCACCUCCUGCCCCAGUACCUGCUCACCAUCAUCCUGAAUAUCACAGUCAGCCAGUGGAAUUGCAUCCUUAUAGUAUGCCUCCAGAAGAACGUGCACGACCCCCAUCUUCUCCACCACCAGGAUGCCAUCCAUUGUCAUAUUUUCUCCAGUAUUCAGGUACUCCUCAGCUGGGUUGUAGUCAAGUACCACCUCCACCCAUGACUUCUAAUCCAUCACCUGCGUGUGUUACUGCCCACAUACCACCUUAUAGGAAUCCUCCUCCUCUGGGAUCUCCUUUGUCUCAUGAUGGUUGUAUACCUGUAAGUGAAUUCCCCUGUAACUGUCAUUAUCUGAACUCUUUAGCCCAAUUCACUGAAGAACCAGAAACUCAGAGCCCUCUGUUUACACAACUGGAUAAAACAAAUCCUGGUAUGAGGCUUAUAUCAAAAAGACUCUUAUUACCUCCUCCACCAGUGCAAGGUCCACCUUCCCUAGCCCCCUUUUCUGGAUCAUAUCAUUCAUAUCAGACAAGAUAUAGAUCCUAUGAAUAAUGAUAAUAGUGGUUUGAACUGAAGAACUGAUGAGAAAAAAACCCUUAAAUAUAGCCAACCUUUUAAUUAAACUUUGCGGAAGGAAGAGCACCUCUUACAGAGAUAGCUGUAAAACACAGGAUCUUGUCUCUUAAGAUGGUUUUAAACCUGGACGUUAGGAUUUCUUUCAAGUUCUGUACUGUAGUGUGGAUAAAUGGCUCAGUGGAGCAUUGCUGUAUUUUAACACCUUUGUUCCCUUAGUGUGGGAAAUUGAUCCAAGGGUGACCUUUUAUAAUUUGAGCUCCUGAAAUAAAUUGGCAUUGUUCCACUUUCAAAAGGUUUUUGUUGUUGUUGUUGGUUUUUUUUUUGGUGAUGU